UUUAGCAGUGGAGUUUAGAAUUGUUUAGUUCAGUGUCCCUUUCUACACUGGUACUUAGAUCCCAUCUAACGCAGCAAGGCCUCUCUAUAUAGUCAGUCAUCUUCCUCUCUCAGUACGUGACCCGGCACACCCAACACCACCUUCCACUUGGAGUCCAUCCCCACGCGCGCGCCGCGCUCUCGUCCCCAAGCUCAAGCCUCCAGAACCCUCGCCCCGACGCCAUGGCGCGGAAGAAGAUCCGGGAGUACGAUUCCAAGCGCCUCCUCAAGGAGCACCUCAAGCGCCUCGCCGGCAUCGACCUCCAGAUCCUCUCCGCCCAGAUUACACAAUCAACAGACUUUGCAGAGCUUGUGAACCAGCAGCCAUGGUUGUCCUCCACAAAGUUGGUUGUGAAGCCUGAUAUGCUGUUUGGGAAGCGUGGGAAGAGUGGCCUGGUGGCCCUAAACCUUGAUUUUGAUCAGGUCAAGGAGUUCGUGAAGGAGCGGCUGGGAGUAGAGGUUGAGAUGGGUGGCUGCAAGGCUCCAAUUACGACCUUCAUCGUUGAGCCAUUUGUGCCCCACGAUCAAGAGUACUAUUUAUCGAUUGUGUCGGAGAGGUUGGGCAGCACCAUUAGCUUCUCGGAGUGUGGAGGGAUUGAGAUCGAGGAGAACUGGGACAAGGUUAAGACAAUCUUUCUUCCCACUGAGAAGCCAAUGACACCUGAUGCAUGCGCUCCCUUGAUUGCCACCCUUCCACUGGAGGCUCGCGGAAAAAUUGGUGAUUUCAUUAAAGGAGUGUUUGCUGUCUUCCAAGACUUGGAUUUCUCAUUUCUUGAGAUGAACCCAUUUACCAUGGUGAAUGGGGAGCCAUAUCCUCUGGACAUGAGAGGAGAAUUAGAUGACACAGCAGCUUUCAAGAACUUCAAGAAGUGGGGAAAUAUAGAAUUCCCCUUACCGUUUGGAAGAGUACUCAGCUCUACAGAAAGUUUUAUCCAUGAACUAGAUGAGAAGACAAGCGCCUCUCUGAAGUUCACAGUAUUGAACCGAAAGGGACGCAUCUGGACAAUGGUUGCUGGAGGUGGUGCCAGUGUCAUAUACGCUGAUACAGUUGGAGAUUUGGGAUAUGCUUCAGAGCUAGGAAAUUAUGCAGAAUAUAGUGGUGCUCCCAAUGAGGAGGAAGUUCUGCAUUAUGCUAGAGUAGUACUUGAUUGUGCGACUGCUGAUCCUGAUGGCCGUAAGAGAGCCCUUCUCAUUGGAGGAGGCAUAGCUAACUUCACUGAUGUUGCUGCCACAUUCAAUGGCAUCAUCCGGGCCUUAAGAGAGAAGGAAUCCAAGUUACAGGCUUCAAGGAUGCACAUCUAUGUUCGACGAGGUGGUCCAAAUUACCAAUCUGGACUGGCUAAAAUGCGUAAGCUUGGUGCAGAACUCGGUGUUCCAAUCGAGGUGUAUGGACCAGAAGCGACGAUGACUGGAAUCUGCAAACAAGCAAUUGAGUGCAUCAUGUCUGCAGCAUAAAUCAGAGCGUAGUUCUGGGUUGUUUGGGAUUUUCAAACAAGCAAUUGAAUAUGUGGCGGACAUCUCAGCAUAAAUAAGUAGUUGCAGUAGUGCACACCCAAGACGGUUGGUUUCUUGUUUUUUUUUCCUUCAGACAUGUUCUGAGCAGUUGUUUGGAUGAAACCUCCAUAGAUUAUUGUUGCAAAGAAAUUACUGUUGUGAUGCAAUAAAACCAUGGUGUAGUUCUCUGUUUCCGGUA